AUGUCUCAAAAGAAAAGCGGAAAUCUCUUGGAUGAGGAUUACAAUCAAGCCUCCAGCAUUGAAACGCAUUGGCCAUGUUUGACAUCAGAGGUUGAUCAAGCUUAUAUCUCACGCUUCAAGUUACUUGCAGAACCUGAACGAGCUGGUGACCACCCGAUUGUCGCCUAUUUCUUGGUUUUCCGUCAUCUCGUUAUCAUUCCUUUCCGCGCAACUGGUAAAGCCAGUGUUGCCGAGCGGACGGACAAACCAUCGAUAUUGAACAGCCCGACCAAUUCUGGCGGGAGAAACUCGAUUGAACUCGCGGCGAACGGAGGGCACGCAUGUCCAAAUUUGCGUCGCUCUACGAUUGUACUGUCUUCACGGUGCAUGAUUCAAGAACGUGUUGUUUGA